CAGACGCUCGCGUGGAGCAGCGCGUUCCCCCGGGAGGGGAGGCUGGGCUCGCGACAGUAUAUCGAUCAAUGUUUAGUUUGCAGCGUAGGAAGUGAACGUAUGGUGAUGUGACCUGUACUGUAUGCAACUUUUUAAACAAAGCAAACUGUGUUUAGUUAACUGUGGAGAGGCUUUUCAAAGUAAAGUUACUGAGUGAGUCGCGCGCGGCUGCAACUUCAGGACCACCGGCUGUCCAGUUCUCGUGCGGAGAUCGACCAACCUCGGGACGGAUGUGUCAGCGAUAAAUGACUUUAAAGAGGCUGGAGUGGCAUGCUCUCCACCGGGGAUAUGAACCAUGGCCUGGCGAGCGUGGUCAAAACUCUGCUGUGGUCACAAAUGGCUGCUCCUUCUCUCCCCCGUCUUCCUCCUCUUCCUCAUGAUCUCUGUUAUGACGAUGACUCUCCCCCUUCCUUUGCCGCCCGCCGACAUUGACCGGCGGUCUUCUCGAGCCCUGAGCUCAGCGGGGGAGUUCGGCUCCAGGCCCAGGGUCAUGGACUUCCCUCCAGUCGCUGCCUCCCAGCAGCUGCUCGCUCACAUCUGGAAAUCCAGCACUAAAAAAGAGACGUCUAAACGUUCAGUGGCACCUAAACCUUUCGGGGAUGCUGCUGGCGAUGACAAAAACAGCAUCAAAGAGAGAAGUCAUGCAGACUUUCGCAGAAAUAAACACAAAACCAAAAGCAUUGCUUCCAAAAGAAAACAAAUGGCAGGCGCCAUCCAGCACUCAACCAGUCAUCAGCGUCCCCAUCUCCCAGAGUUUACAGUCAACAACAAGGGGCCAAAGCAUAGAAUUAAGCCAGGCAAUCAUAGUGCUGUGGUAGAGCACACUGCACAGGCAUACAUUCAUCUUGAAAGAAGCAAAUACACAGCAGCACAUAUCCCCGCUCCAGCAGAUACCCUAAUAAGUGACAGACGAGCUGCAGACAGACAGGCAGGCAGAUGGGAGGGUAGACGUACAAACAGGAAUGCAGACACACAAAUACAUGGCAGCCAUACAACUGUGAAGCUAGCUGAACAUCACCAGGCUUUGGAAAAACACAGACAGCACUCUGGGAAAUCUGACAAAGUUGGUAAAGAGCAGCAGGCUGUGAAAAAGCCCUCCAGGGAUCUCAAAAAACACCAUAAUCUCUCAGACGAUCCCUCUGAAGCGAAGAAGAAUCCUGGGCCAUUGGACCGUAGAAAGGCUUUGUCCAAAGCUGAGGCAGCCAUAAAGAAAGUUGACAGCAGCUGGUGUCGGAGCUUUACAGAGCAGGACUUUCCAGACAGUGACCACAGGAGGAUCAGGAUUAGUCCAGAUCUCCAUCCUCUCCCGUGGCUCAGCGAGGAUGACAUCCAGAAGAUGGUGCUCCUCUCCGGGGCCGAGCUGGUCAGUAAGGCCAGGGUGCCCGCACAUGGACAGGUUCUCCAGGUGGCGCUGGUUCACCAGCAGGAGCCAUCACCAAAGAGAGAUUCAGGUCAGCAUGGACCUGGCGACAGACACCCAGAAACCCACAGUGAACGCUGCCAGCAGGGGCACUGCUCCCUGAUCAAACGCACUGAUGACUGGUUUGAAGUGUUUGCCUUCCACCUGGACAGGGUGCUGGGACUCAACAGAAGUCUCCCUGCGGUGCUGAGGACUUUUCACAGUGAGAUUUUACCGUAUCGAUACAUCAGCGGCACCCCCAGACCUGUAGUGUGGUGGGAUCCAGACAUUCAGCACCUGGCUGAUAGAGACAACGACCAGAACUCAGUACCGCUCAGCUGGGUCCAGUACCAGAAGCUGCUGCAGGUCCACUGUGGGAAAGAAACCGACUUGAGGUCAGCGCCCUGUGUGGGAGUUCACCACUCGGAGUGGGGGAGACUGGCUCUCUUUGACUUCUUAUUACAGGUCAACGACCGGUUGGACCGGUACUGCUGCGGUUUCACACCUGAUCCAUCAGAACUCUGCGUGGAGAACCUGCUGCACGCCAAGUGUGGCAACACCAAGGACCUGCUGCUGGUUCACAUCCUGGUGAGGAAGGCAGAUCCCUCCAGACUGGUGUUCAUAGACAACGCUGGCAGGCCACAGCAGGCCAAUAACAACGUCAACUUCAGGCUGGUUGAGGGCAUUGAUGAGUUUCCAGAGAGAGCAGUGUCUGUGCUCCAGUCAGACUGUCUGGAGAGUCUUCUUCUACGCUCCCUUUACACAGACAGGGAAUUCUGGGACAGCCAAGGCGGGGCCAGUGGUCUCAGGCCUCUCAUCCGCACAGUGGCGCACAGAGGGAAGAUUCUCCUCCAGCACAUCAGGGACAAGAAAGUACAGCUCAAGAGGGACCUGUGACUAAAGGUGACCCGGACCAAACAAAAGUAGAAAUGAAACAUCAUUUGUGACGCUGACUGUCAAAGUGACAUUCUGCAGUGUAAUCGAAGAGAGAUCAUUCUGCAGCAAAAGAGGCUCUGAGCAAACAGAAACCUAAAGAGAUAAAAUGGUGCAGCUAUUUCUGGAACAUUGUAGACAAGCCUUGAAAAAAAAUACCCUUUUGUUAGGGGUUACAAUAAAUACAACAUCCAGCCUCAUGGUCCAUGGACCAAUCUAUUUCUGAGUGGUGUGGGUGGACCAGUUUCCGUAUUGGAUUGACAGCAAAGUUAGCUGACACACAAAGUGUUCACAGUGUGUGAACAAGAAUAAUCAAACUUUUAAUGUAAUUUACUUUUAAGCUGUUAAAUGUUCUAUAGCUGACUAGCUAAGUAGCUAACUGGCUCACAGUGUACAUUUGUUUCCACUGGUGGAUGUUUGUUAGCUAAUGUUGGUUAGCUCCUCUUGUGUUGGGUGCCAGGACGCUGGCAGCCUUGUCCCCGUCAACCUCACAGACAGUUGUGAUGAUUUAUGCAAAUAUGUUAAACAUUAAAUGAUUUGAUUGAAUAUUUGCAAAGAAUUCUAAGUAGACAGAACCACAGGCAUUCUGACUGGUUAAUGCAAAUAUGGACGACGCUGUCAUGGAAUCAAAACAUAUAUAAACAAAUAUAUAAAAUUCUUCAUUUUGGUCAUAGAUUUGUUUAUCCCAAAGGAGAGCUUUAGGAGAGAGUUUAAGAACAAUUUCCCACUAAGGUGCCACUUAUAACAGGUUAAGAACUAAUGGCUUUAUUAAUGGUUAAUAAGUCAUUUAUUAGAUCACUUGUGUGGCAACCUCCGUGGCUGGCAGCCAACAUUGAAGUAACAAAAACUGCAGUUCCUCUAAUGUCCACUUGAGGCUAGCUCCAGAAGUUAGUCAGUCUCCAUAAGGCCCCAUAUUAAAAUGCCGAGAAAUAAACAUGUUUACAGCCUGGUACAAAAAAUGGUUUGGUCUCUAUAGCUAAUUUCCACAUUCAUGAUAACUGUACAGUGGUGGAUUUUUUCUAUAAGUCACCUGUUUAAAGUUAUGCAUAAUUAAGGGUAUGACGACUUUGAUUGACAGGUGGUUGCCAUCACAGGAGGCUGUUUUCAGUAACCAGGCUUCAGUCAGCUCCACCCACACUCUACAUCUUUGCCCUUUUUUGGAUUAGCCAGGAGCUGGGCGGAGUCAGGACUUCCAAGAUGGCGACGGUCAGAGCCGACCACACUGAGCUUCACAACAGCUCUUCAGAAACCAAUGGGUCACGUCAAAGAGACUAUGUCCAUUUUUAUUUAGUUUAUGGUUUUAAGCCAUUACUAAGGACAACUUUUAGGUUGUGAAAAAUCCCUCCAGCCGGUGUCAACAGUCAGGUUAUUAAUAAAUGUUCUGUGGUUUUAUAUGUUAAUAAGUCAUUAAUAAAGGGGAGUAAACUCCACUCUGCAGUUACAGAUGGUAAUGAAUGGUCACUGGUUCCUCCUUGUCCUAAAAGCUAUUAGCAAAAGUAUUUUCCAGAAAUUCGAAUGGUCCAUUGGGGGAGUCUUUAUAAUGAAAGGGCUAGAGCGAAAAAGACAAAGCAGCUGUCCUGCUAGACACUCAAGGCAACACCAAAGUUGUCCUAAUUAACAGCUCAUAAGUGAUCAAUAAAGUAUUAAUUGAUUAUUCAUUAACCAUUAAUAAAGCCAUUCCAUACAUCUUAUAAACACUUCAUAAAAGGAAGCCCUAUUUGAAAGUGAACCAGACAUGCAGUCAUCUAUAAAGCUGAUCUGUUUGUGUAUCAGGAAAAAGCAGCAGUACUACAGACUACAGUUCCAUCACUGAAACAUCUCACCAUCAAAGUGCACAAGGAGAACAAAGUGAAUUUGCUGUUGAACCAGAAUCAAACAUAAGCCUCAAGGUAACAAGUGUGUCAGUCAGUUUGCUGGACAGGCAUAAAGCAACAGCAAACACACACAGGCCCACAUAUUCAAAGUGUCUAAUUCAUGCUAAUUGUUUGAUCAUCUGCACCGAAUGAAAUGCCCCCGUAGCUCUGUCUGUCAAUGAGGGAUGCUUGUCACUCCAAACAUAUUCCUGUUUUUCAUUCCGGCUUCCAACAUCUCACCAAAUGUUGCCUCACAGAAGGGAAAUGUGAGACAAAUUAUUCCCCCGCUCCCUCGCAACAGCCAAGUGACAAUUUUUCUGAACAAUUUGGCGGAAAGAAGCACAGUCUAUCUUUUCUUUUCUAUUUUAAUAUUUUACAGAGAGCCAACAGCAGAUCGAGUGAUUGAUUUGGAUGUCUGUUUUUAUGAGAUAAGCUUCUCUGCUUUUAAUCGAGGGAUUAAAAAUGGCUGUCAGCAAAUAGCUUCUGCACCAGAUCCUGGAAGCCUUUUGAUAAAAAUGGACUAUAUAUAUAUAUAUAUAUAAUUAAAUGUUUUCUACUCAAAGUGGCUGUCAUGCACAUUGUCAAAAUGCACAGCAGUGUACAGAAGCAAAAGAUGAAAGAAAAGGGAUGAAAAUUGGUUGAAAAUCAAGUGUCAUUAGGGACGGAAUAGAGCUGAGGCUUUUCUGUGUGAGCGACACAUUUCUAAAGCUCAGCUGUCACAAAACAUUAUUUUGGCAUUUGGGUCUCGUGAAAAGCACAGAUGAUAUGACUUGAAAAUGUUUUAUGCAUUACCCGCUCUGCAUUACAAUUCCAGCCGUAUUGGUAGUUCAUGGAUUAAUGACAUUUUCUCGGGCUCCCUCUUUCAUCACUGAAUAAAUGGCUCUAAUGAGAAAUGGUUCGAAUGUGUGAUCCUCU